GAAAUAUCAAAUUGAUAAAUUCAAACGAUAAAAAUUGGAAAUUCGGGUUUAGGAUUUUCGAUUUGGGAUUUCCAUAGGAACAUUGGAAGGAGAUGUAAGAGCAGAAUUGGGUUUCGAUUUGGGGUUUCGAUAGCAACGUUGGAAGAAUCUGGUUGUGUGUCGUGGUUGUUGUUCCACGAUCAAAACGAUGUCGUCGCCGGACAUUGGCUCGAUAUUGGAGAGUUCGAAGGAGCUCGAUCGGGUAAGGAAAGAAGAAGAGGAUGUUCUGUCGGAGAUCAACAAACUCCACAAGAAGCUUCAAACCAAAUACGGUUAUUCUUCCCUGGAGGCAAUCCUGUUCGCGUUAGUUCCUUGUCGUUUUCGUGAAGCUCCUGAAGUGGUUGAGAAGCCUGGGGAUAACUCAUUGGCAAGGCUUAGAUUGUUGUACACUCAAGCAAAAGAUCUUUCAGAGAAUGAAGCAAGUAUUUCCAACUUACUGAUAAGUCAAAUUGAUGCCCUACUGCCUACGGGUCCACAAGGGCAAACCCGAAGAAGAAUAGGAAAAGAAGGUAAUGAGCAGAAAAGGAAACGAGUGAAAACUGAAUCAGACAUUUCAAGGCUAACUCCUAGUAUGCGGCAUCAACUUGAGACUUGUGCCAGUCUUAAAGGUGAACAGGUAGCAGCUAGGGUCACACCACGAAAUGCUGAUAAGGACGAAUGGUUUGUUGUAAAAGUGAUUCAUUUUGAUAAGGAAUCAAAGGAAUUUGAAGUACUGGAUGAGGAACCAGGUGAUGAUGAAGAAAGCAGUGGCCAAAGACAAUACAAGCUUCCCAUGGGAAAUAUCAUUCCUUUCCCCAAGAUUAAUGAUCCUUCUAGCGCCCCAGAUUUUCCUCCUGGAAAACAUGUUUUGGCAGUUUAUCCAGGAACUACUGCACUUUAUAAAGCAACAGUUGUUCAAGGCCAUCGCCGAAGGAAGACUGAGGAUUAUGUGUUGGAAUUUGAUGAUGAUGAGGAAGAUGGAUCUUUACCCCAAAGGACAGUGCCCUUCCACAAAGUGGUUCCUCUUCCAGAUGGACAUCGCCAAUGAAUUUAAACUAUUUAUAGCUGUGUAUAAAGUAGAAACUAGAGUAUUGCAUUCCGUACCACUUGUGUAAUAUGCUCCACUGCGUGUUUUUAUGGUUUGUAAGAAUGACAUCGCAACCUAAUUUCAAGUAAGAAUGACACUGCAGUUUAAUUUCACGAUAGCUAGGAAUGAUAAAUGUCCAAUCCAAGGUUAGUUCUUGCCAA